CUAUCGAAGACUGCGUGCAAACUGGGGAGGUGGGAGGAGGAGAGGAAGAGAGCAGCGCGCUCAGCAUGCACGCCAGACUGCGCGAGGACAGGACGCGCGGGGCGAGGACGAGGGAGCAGCAACAAGCGACCGACAAUCAACCGACAUCUUCACAGGACGUUACAUAACAAUCUUCUCUAGACCACCUGUAAACUCUUUCAAAAUGUUUAUGGAAUGUCCUAAAAAGUUGUAGCUGGUAUUAAUGUAUGCGAAUGCGAUUACUAACAGCCGACAAGCGGAAGUGAGAGUAGAGGGAAGUUUGGCGGGGAGAGGAGAACGGUAAAGUAAAGUACUCGCUGUCAAGUUCCAGUUGAAUCUCGCCGUGGAGGGGUGGCGAAGCAGGACGGAUGGACGCCCACAUUAAGGAAGGACAGCUGUAUGUACAGCACCAGAAGUUUGGCAAGAAAUGGAAGAAGAGCUGGUUUGUCCUCUAUCCGGCCAGUCAGAACGGCAUCGCCCGCCUCGAGUUCUACGACUGCUCCACCUCCUCGGGCAGCCAGCCAAUCAGCACCAAGAAGCUGGACAAGAAGAUCAUCCGCUUGUCAGAGUGCAUCUCCAUCCUGCCGUCGCUGGAGGCGGGGCCUAAAGAGGGCAUGGCGACGUUCUGCGUGGAGACCAAUGACAAGACUCACGUGUUUGCUGCCGACAAGAGCGUCUCCACGGAGUGGGUGGAGAAGAUGUGUGAUAUCGCUUUCCAGGGAGGUAGUGGGGCAGGUAGCAGUAUAUCAGACGACCAGCAGAACCUGCAGAUGGCAGAGAACAUGAUCUACUACUCCAGAGAAGAAGUGAGUGAGUUCUGGGUGAGUGUUCAGCGUACGGAGGCGUCGGAGCGCUGUGGCCUGCUGGGGACCUACUACCUGCGUGCUGACAAGGAUAGCCUGGUGCUGAGGGAGUCUAAGAGCAGGAUGAGCCUGCUGGUCUGGCCCUACAAGCUGCUGCGCCGAUACGGACGAGACCGGGUGAUGUUUUCCUUCGAGGCGGGCCGCCGGUGUGAGUCCGGUCCCGGUAACUUCACGUUUGAGACCAAGCAGGGUAACGAGAUCUUCUCCAUCGUGGAGGCGGCCAUCCGCUCCCAGAAGAGCCAGGCGGAGGAGCGUCCCGCGACGUCUGACCCCGCGCAGCCGCGCACCGCGGUCGCCACGGGGACCGGCGGCAGCGGCGACGGUCGUGAGGCGGACGGGGACUCCGGGGGGAGCAAGCCGGGCUCAGCGGACGGCGUGUUCGGGGGGCGGGGCCACAACCACAAGGGGAGGGGCCUACCUGAGCCGCCACCCCCCACGGGAGGGAAAAUGGGCGGGUCUCCGUUGCCCCGGGCGGCGGGGGAGGGGGCGGGGGUGUACUCUGAGCCGGUGGAUUCAGUCCGUCUUCCGGCUCCCCUCCCCCCCUUAGACUGCCUCUACUCCGACCCUGUGGAUAGCCUCGUGACCUCUGACCCCGCCGGCUCCGCCCCCGUCCCCACGCCUCGGCUACGGCCCCUCGGAGACGAGGCCGCGCCCGGGGGGCGUCUCCAAGGCAACAGGGCGGCGGGGGGCGGGUCGUCGCCGGGGGGGUCGUUGGAGCCCCUCUACUCCGACCUCUACGACCGCGUGGCCCUGGAUCUCAUGCAGCGGAUGGGCGCGCUGGGCCUGGAGGGGGCGGAGCCCACGGAGCACAUCUACGACGAACCGGAAGGCCACGGUGUGGCGGCGGCCUGGAGGGGGCGGGGCCAGGGCGAGGAGGAGGGGACCUAUAGCCUGGCAGUGGAGUCCCAGACCAGACCUCCAGCCGGCUCUCGCUGGCCCAAGCCCACUCUGGCACCCAAGCCCAUCAAGAUGCCCCUUCCUCGGAAGGAGCCCGCCCCACUGCCCCUGGGGAGGCACGGAGGGGGGGGAGGGCUGAACGUAAACAACAACAACAGUACGGGGGGAGGGAACAGGGCCGAGGGGGUGGACGGG